AGGUGUUUGAUAUAGCUUUAACGCCACUUAAAAUACAACUUCUUGAUGAAAAGCCUUGUCCUACAAAGAUUUUGCAGAUGGGAAAAUACUACAGGUCUGCACCAGCUUCACGAGACAUGAAAUGGUGUGAGUUUGACCCGCAGGCAGCGUACUGGCUUGGAGACUAUGUGGAUGCACUUGCCGUCGUUUUUUACAAAGGGCCAGUUGGCCUGCUUCAGAUGUCACUGUGACUUGUGAGCAGGGAAAGAUUGUCCUGUGUGGAGCUGGUGCGAGAAUACAUACGGGCUAUGCAAGUAGAUGAAGCUGUUUCCCUGCUAUGUGCCAUGAGCUGGGACCAGGAUGGCACCAGCUUUUACACCUGUCUCACCGCCAUUGUCACCCAUCUCCUCAAGAUGCCACUGAACGCAGAACGUGAAGUGAAUCUGCAGACGGCUCUAGGCACAUUCUACUCUCCCAAGCAGCCUCUCUCAGAGUCGACCAUCCUCGACUAUCGAGACCCAAUAAGCCGUCUUGCUAGACGGUUUUUCCACCAUCUACUAAGGUAUGCAAGAUUUGACAAGGCCUGUUUGCUGGCUGUGGGCAUUGGUGCAAAGGAUCUCUUCAUGGACAUUCAUUACAUGGCCUUGGACAAAGCGGAGACUGCUCUUGCAGAGGUUUCAAGGAGGAAGGCUGAGCAAGUUGACUCAGAAUCCAUAGAGAGCUACAAUGACACGUAACCAGGUCUCGAUGGAGGAGGGUUUUACCAGCAGCAUAAUGGCGCCGCAAGUAACCAUGGGAACAGACAUAGAGAGGAGGUAAGUGCUGGCUGGGAAGUUUAAACCUUCC